ACCAUUACAAGCACCACUGGUUCCCCCUGGCGCCCUCCAAGGGCUCCGGGUACCGGUGCAUUAGGAUCAACCAUAAGAUGGACCCCUUGAUAGGAAAGGCAGCGGGGAUGAUUGGGCUGAGUCACGAGAGACUUUUCCAGCUCUUACCCAGCGAAUUAACUCUUUGGGUCGACCCUUUCGAAGUGUCCUAUCGCAUAGGGGAAGAUGGGUCUAUCUGUGUCCUUUACGAAAGCCCCCAGCCUGGAGGGAAGACAACCAAACCGCUGGAGAGUAGGACCAGCUGUAAGGAGGAGUGGAGAAUUGGCAGAUCCAGCCCUUCCAAGAAUUACAACAUGAUGACAGUUUCUAGCUAA